AUGCAUCCAGGAAUAAUGACAAGUGAGCUGCUGACCAACCUCUUUCACAUUGAUAGCCCCGCCCACGUGUAUUGGAAGCAGUGGCGUUUCAUCCCCCGCGCUGCUCCCCGCGUCUCCCCUUCGCGCCCCUCCGCGUCCGCCGCCGCUAAGCGGACUCCACGCGGCACCCCUCGUGCCGCCUCCGCCGCUGCUCACGCGGAAGAAGCGGAAAGGGGCGGGCGGAAAUGGCGAAGCGGAGGCGGAGAGGGAGCGGGGGAGGGGGUGGAGGGCACACUGGCGGGGGUGCGGGCGGCGGUGAGGUGGCAGCAAUGGUGGAGAGCGAAGGGGAUGAUGGCGGUGUGCUGCUGGGGCGAGACGAGAGGCACCGGCGGCGCGCAGUGGGAGCCGCGCGUGUGGGUCUUCUGCUCCAACCCCACCUUCUCCUCAGGCCCGCGCCCCUCCUCGCACCACCAGCAGCAGCAGCAGCAUCACCAUCACCACCACCGGACACGUGGGAAGGCAGCUCGGGGAGUGAGAGGAAAGGCCGGAGCAGCAGCAGCAGGAAGGGGAGGCGGCGGGAAGGUGUUUGAGAAGAGGCGGAGUGAGACAGCGGCAAGCGAGGGUGGAUGGGGUGGUGACAGCCUUGCUAUGAAACCCACUCUGGCGGCAUGGGGCUACUGGGCAGCGCGCGGUGGGUGUGUGUCGUUCCGCUUGCACAGGCCUCCCACUCGCCUCAGGCUCGCGCACAGGGUGGCCGCAGUGAGGCGCGGGGUCAAGGCACGCGCGAGGACCGCUGGCCGGCGCGAGAAGGCAGGCAUUGGGCCGGGGGAGAAGGGCGGAGGGCGCGGCAGUGGGUCGCGGAAGAGGGGGCGGGGUGGCGGAGUACGUGGGGGUGGGGGGGAGAGGAUGGCUAAACGCGCGCGGGUGCUGGGGGGAGGGGGUUUGGAGGGACUUGCGGGUAAUUCCAAAGAGAAGCCAAGGCGGAAGGUCAAGGGGGUGGCUAGCAGACGAGGUGGGGCGAGCGGUGUGCGUGGGAAGGGCAGAGGGGGAGGCAGGCAGGCGGGAAAGACGAAGCAGGGAAGGCGGGCAGCAGGGGCGAGGCGGACAGGGAGGAGGAGGGUGGGUGUGGACGGAGUGAAGGGGGCGCGGAGGAGGAAGAGAGUGGUGGUGAUGGGUGGGGUAGGGCAUGAGGAGGUGCUGUACUGGCUGUGUGAGGCGUUGAGGCAGAGAGUGGCGCGGGCGUUCGAGGCAGCAGGCUAUGUGGAGUUCGAUGGGGUCUUUGUCAAGCCCACCACCACACGCAGCCAAGCCAGCCAUGCAGCGGCCAUUGCAUGUGAAGUGCGUGUGCGCCCCUCCGCCUUUGGUCUCCUGCUUCACACACACGUCUCCACCAGGUCGUUGCGGGCAUUGACUCCUGCUGACUUCUCACAGCAACGACCCCAUGGCUCCGCACUGCCAGUGCUGCUGGCGCCAGCAGCGUGGCCUGCCCUGGUCCACCGCCCCACGCCCCCUCGCCUCAUCCGCUUCCUCCGCCGCUGGCGCGUGGAGCAGCACUUGAGGCGCACGCAGGGAAGAGAGGCGCCAAGGGGUCUACGAGCAGCAGCAGUGCGGACGAAGCUGGGGAGGGCGGCGGGACAGGGGCUAAGGCGGGGGACAGGGAAGGCGAAGCAGAGGAGGAGUGCUGUGGGUGUGAGGGGGGAGAAGGUGGUGACACGGAAGAAGGGCACAAGACGAGUGAAGCUGCUGCACACGAUUGGCAAGUGGCAGAAUCUGCUCUCCCGCCGUCCACCCACCGCACGCCUCCCUCCAGCCAUCUCUGCCGCCCUGCAGCCGCCCCUGCCGCCCGCUGCCGGGCCGCCCACGUUUGUGGAGGUGGAGCUGUUGGUGCCGGUGGUGGGGCGGCAGGGCCGCAUGACGCGGCGGGGGAGGGGUGCGGGGAGUGCGGGCCGGGUGAGGGGUUUAGAAGCGAGAGGAACAGUGGCGGGGCCGGAUGGUGGGAGAAGUAUGGUAGGUGGUGGGGGCGAUGGAGGUGGGAUGGGCGAGGGAGGGCAGAGAAAGGGAGAAGGGGAAGGGGGGGAAACAGUGAGGGGUGGUGGGGCAGUGGGGAGUGGUGGCAGCGGGCGGUCAGGCCAAGCAAGAGGUGGUGAGAGGGAACAUCCGGACGACGUGUCUGCAGCAGGGUGCGAGAAUAAGGCCAAGGGAGGAGGAGGCGAGGCGGGCACAGAGGGAGGGAGUGGUGCAGUGCAUGUGCAGGGGGGGCAGGAGGGAGUGAUGCGAGUACGGUUGCUGGUGGACUCACGCCUUGCCAUGCUGCCACUCUUCCACCCGCCUCCUCUGCACCUCCUCUCCUCUCGCAUCCGGCAACUGCUUCCCGCCCACCAGCCAUCGCUGCUGCCCUCCGCACCCAAUCCACACCUCCCCUCUCGCCAACCACGCCCCUCCACUCUUCCCACCCACAGUCCCGCCACUGCUGCGCCUCUUACCGCUGCACCCUCUCUCCACCCAGCCCCUCCCUCCCACCCUUCUGCCGCUUCCAUCCCCCCCGCCUCUUUCCCACCGUCGCCACCGCUCUCCUCUCUCCCUCCCUCUCUCCCCCUCGCCUUGCCUCAUCGCCUCGAGCUUGCUGCACCUCUCUCCUUCCUCCGAAUGCUGCCCAGAGGGUCGGAAGGGGGGCGGAGUGGCAAGUCAAUGGGCACGUGGCAGGUGGUGGCGGUGGGGAGAGGGGAGGCGGAGGGAGGUGGUGAUGGCAAGGAUGGGGAGAGUGGGGCUCAGGCACUGGCGAGCAGGGACGAGGAUGGGCAGCAGCGCAGCAAGAGGGCGCGCACAGCGGCCCCCACCAUAGGCCUGGACGCCAUGCGCGAGCCAGACCUCUUCUGGUCGCACCCGCUCAACGCCUGGUUCCUAGGCCCGGGAGACGCGGGUUCCGAGCCUGGGGGCGAGGCUGGGGGCGGGGGCGGGGGCGAGGGGGCAGGGGAGGUGGUACUGGGCGUGCAGCAGCUGGUGGCGGUGCUGGAUGAGGUGGAUGGGCAGGUGGUGGCGAGCAUGCGCGCUGAGGGGGGCGUGGGGGCGCUGCUGGCCGAGGAGGAUGGCGAUGACGAGUGGCUGGGCCAGGUGAGUGCUGCAGGGACGCAGGGAGGGGUGCGAGGUGGAGGUGUGAGGGGAAGGGGUGAUGGGGGAGGUGUGAUGGGGGAGGGGUGA